GUUUAAUCGGAUAACCCAGCAUACCGUCGAUCAAAGUUGGCAGACAGGAGAGGCGGGAGCGAGCAUAGGCUGGAGAAUUUCGUGCGUCCGGGUGGAAUCGAGGCUGAGGGGUUGUUUGCCACUGACGUGCAGUGGCUUGGAGCAGUGCGGACGGGAAAGUGGGAGUACAAGGCGGAAAAAACUUUUUGUUCUUCAUCGAACGGAACUGCUUUUUAAAAAGCAGUACCUGCGCAAAACACAAAGCGCGCGAGUGCGCGGAUCGCCAUGCGGGUUCCUCCCCCGGCCCUCGGACGGUGAGCACCCAGAGCCGCGCGCGCGAGAUGGCCGACAGGGACGGCGGGGUGGAGCUGCCGGUGGCCCCCGGGCAGGCCUACAUCGAGGUGGAGUUCGACUACGAGUACAAGGCCAAAGACAAGCUGGUCACCAUCCGGCAGGGCGAGUGCUACAUGCUGGUGAGGAAGACCAACGACGACUGGUGGCAGGUGAGGAAGGACAGGAGCGCCAAGGCCUUCUACGUGCCCGCCCAGUACGUGCGGGAGGUGCGCAAGGCCCUGAUGCCGCCCCCGAAGCCCCUCCUGAAGGGCGGGUCGGGGAGGGCCAAGCCCGCCGUCCUGGAGAUCCGCCGGUCCAACGAGAACCUCAACAGGCACGCCGAGAUGUCCAGCUUCGGCAGGCCGACGCCCGGCCACUGCAGCCCACCGGGCGGGCGCCGCGACGCCAACCAGAACCCCGGCAGCCCCGGGGCGGGCAGGAGCCCGGCGGAGCUGUUCCAGAACAACAACGGCGGCGGCGGCGGCGGCGGCUCCACGCUGCCGCGGACGCGCGCCGAGUCGCCCGUGCCGCGCUCGCCCCCGGACGGCGACGCCGAGCGGACGCCCUCGCGCUGCGACUCGGCCGGCGACGGCUCGGAGAAGCUCCGGAACGACUCUGAGUCCGGGGACGACCUGAGCAGCAGCUCCACCGAGCACAUGCAGACGGCGUCCCCCACGGGUCAGGGCAGGCCCGAGUCUCCGGUCUACGCUAACCUGCAGGAGCUGAAGAUCUCGCAGUCCAGCCUGCCGCCUCAGCCCUCCAGCUCCCCGCUGCACACAGUGGGGGACUGGGAGACGUACAGGGACGGCAGCGGCCGCCACUUCUACUUCAACCGCGCCACGCAGGAGCGCACCUGGAAGCCGCCGCGAACCCGCGACGCCACAGCAGGCACGGGAAGCGCCUACCGUGGGGGACCUCUGUCAUCGGAGGAGAACUGCCACAGCGCGUACUCCAGCCAAUCAGACAGCCAGUACGGGUCCCCCCUGAGGGGCUGGUCAGAGGAGCUGGAUGAGCACGGACACACCCUGUAUGUCUGUGAAUAUACUAAUGAGAAGUGGAUAAAGCACGUGGAUGAACAAGGACGGCCGUACUACUACAGCGCUGACGGGUCCAGGUCAGAAUGGGAACUGCCCAAAUACAACCUCUCCCCGCCGCAGCCUGAUGACAUGCCCAAAAGCCGCAGCCUGGACCGGAGGCCCGAGCCCAUAGUGCUGACCAAGUGGAGGCACAGCACCUACAUGCUGGACGUCAAUGACAAGGACUCUACGACAAGUCCCAAACAGAGCUCCCCUGGCUCUGACUCCUGUCCCUCAUCUCCCAAGCCCCCUACUACCCCUUCUGAGAAGUGUGGAGUUCUGAAUGUCACCAAGAUCACUGAGAAUGGAAAGAAAGUACGAAAGAACUGGACCUCCUCGUGGACCGUGCUCCAGGGUUCCUCUCUGCUCUUCGCUAAGGGCCAGGGGAGCGGCACCAGCUGGAAAUUUGGGAGCAACUCCAAACCGGAGUUCACAGUGGAUCUCAGAGGGGGUUCGGUGGAGUGGGCCUCCAAGGACAAAUCCAGCAAAAAGCACGUCAUUGAGCUGAAGACUCGCCAGGGGACGGAGCUGUUGAUUCAGUCUGAGAUUGACAGUGUCAUAAAUGACUGGUACAGAUCCCUGGUUGAGACCAUCAGUACCCAUGCCUGGGAGUCUGACGAGGCCAUUGAGGAGGACAUGCCCGAGUCCCCAGGGGCUGAGAAGCAGGACAAGGAGAAGGAGCACCGCGACUCCAAAAAGAGCAGAGUCCUGAAGAACUCGGCCAGCAUGGACCCGUCGGACCAGAAGAAGACGCGAGUGAAGCUGAAGAGGUUCCUCACGCGCAGGCCCACGCUGCAGGCGGUCAGAGACAAGGGCUACAUCAAAGAUCAAGUCUUUGGCUGCAGUUUGACAAGUCUGUGCCAGAGGGAAAACUGCUCGGUGCCAAACUUCGUCAGGAAGUGUAUCGACCAUGUCGAAAACACCGGUCUGAGUGUUGAUGGAUUGUACAGAGUGAGUGGGAACUUGGCAGUGAUACAGAAACUACGCUUCGCUGUGAACCACGAUGAGAAGGUAAACCUUGACGACAGCAAGUGGGAGGACAUCCACGUGACCACGGGAGCCCUGAAGAUGUUCUUCAGAGAACUGCCCGAACCGCUCUUCACCUACUGCUCCUUCAACGACUUUGUCAACGCCAUUAAAUGUCCGGACUACAAGCAGCGUGUGCAUUCAAUAAAAGACUUAAUCAAGCAGUUGCCAAAACCGAACCACGACACCAUGCAAGUUCUUUUCAAGCAUCUCAGAAAAGUGAUCGAGCACGGGGAAGUGAACCGCAUGACCACACAGAGCGUGGCCAUCGUCUUCGGGCCGACCCUGCUGAGGCCCGAGACGGAGACGGGGAACAUAGCCGUGCACAUGGUGUACCAGAACCAGAUCGUGGAGCUCAUCCUGCUGGAGUACGAGAACAUUUUCGGCAGGUAGAGCCGCUCCCGAAGGAGGAGGACGGUCCCUUACCAAACUCAUCCAAGCAUCAUCCCAGCUUAAAUCUGUGACUUACGCUGCGGACCAAGCCAUUAAAAAGAGUCUAUAAUAAUAUGAGUAAUAAUUAAGAUAAUAAAGGUAUUAAUGAUAAAGAACAGAAACAAAGGACCUGUUUGACUUUGCACUUAAAGCUUUGGAGCUACGCGUGUGCAGUUUCUUUCGGUUGCUUGAUUCCCCCUUCCCUGUCGUGACAAGUUCAAUAUUCAGGGUAACUUCCUGUACACUGGAUUCCUGUGGCCAGUACUGAGGACCAGGAGGUCUUGUGGACUUGCUCCGUGCUGCACAUCUCACUGAUUUUGGCAGAGAGGAUCAUGGGACUGUGAGUCUGGGCUCACCUUCAUUGAUGGUCUGAGAGGAACAGAACAUUUGGGGGGGAUGAGAAGAGCGAUGCCCAGUUUUAUAUCGAGAAGAUUCAAGUAUUCUGUGGUGCGUAGGGUGGGGAUUCGUUGUAUGCAGGUUCAUGGUUCAUUUGGAAUAAGCUGAACUGGAUAUUUUCACAGCCUUGUGAAAAUAUGACUAUUGAACUAUCAAGGCGGGGGCCCAGGUCAGGAGGGCAGUGAUGUCCAAUGAUGACCCUAGUUCUGGAUUCUGGGGUCCACCACCCAUAUCAGUAUUAAACGUGAGGUUCAGAUGCAGGGAUGGACUCGCAGAGCGGACCCCAGAGGCGGCACUGUCGACGUGGCCUCUGUCCCGUGCUCCAGCCUUACCCUGAAUCUGGUCUCAUGGAGAGAGCCGUGGUAAUCAAGCCAGGGCCCCUGACGGUCACUAUGGUCCCUGCAGUUUCAAUGGACGCUGUGGUCAUUACGCUCAUGUGUUUCAUUGCAGUUUCCAUGGUCACCAUGGCCACAGUGUUGUCUAUGGUCACUGUAGGACGUUUAGUCAUAACUGCCACUGCUGUGGUCUCUGGUCAUUUUGGUCUCUGUGGUAAUUGCAGCUGUGGAAGUUUCCAUAACCGCUGUGACCAAUGGUAUCCAUGGUCACUGUGGUCACAGAAGCCACCGUGUUUACUUUGUUUGUGGUAGCCACUGCGGUCCCUCUGGCCACAGCAGUGCGAAACGUGGUCUUGUAAACCUGUGUGUGGGAGUUAAGAAACUGCAAUAUGUUUUAUGUGAAAAAAGCAAGAAGUCUUGAUCUCUAGUAUUUGUACAGAAUGGUCUUGUAUAGUUUCAUGAACUGUGUAAACCUCGUUUCUUCUGUAAUGACCAGGCAGCACCUACAGGCCAUUUAUCAAAAGGCAAUAUUCCUCCCUCUCUCCCUUACUUUCUCUCCUGCAUUCAAUAGGAGUGAGAGUAGUAGGUCAAUCUCUCUCCCUCCCCCCCUCUUUCUCUUUCUCCCUUCCUCCCCCUUUCUUCCUGGAGAUGCUGGAAUACUGGGACAGGAUGCAGAUCCUUUCAGGCUCCAUAAACUUUGUAGAUCAAUACUGUGUGCACUUCUUUCUUGGUUCCAUUGAACAUUUCAGAUUUUUUUUUUUUUUUUGAAAAACGGUACUGGAAAUAGUGUUGCAUAGGUUUGGUGAUAGAUGGUACAGUUUUUAAACUGCAUUUAAAUAAAUCUACAGAACAUAUGUACAGUUUAAGACAAUGGAUUGAGUAGUGAAAACCUAUUGUACAAAUCUUUCAUUGUGAGUAAAGUAUGUAUGCUUUGAUGGUGAGCAGUAGCAACUGGAAAAAUUCAAUUUGAUUUUUUUAUAUGAUGAAAAUAUUGGAUGAUAUAGUCUGAUUGUGAGAAAAGAAAGUUAUUUGGAAGUGUAUCUGUUUGGGAGCAUGGUCAACUGCACAUUUUUUGAAUGUAAUUUCUUAGACUAACUGCUGUUUGUGACACUGCUAUGUCUAAUCUGAAUAAAGAAAAAGGUCAAGAGGAAGACCCACAAGGUU